CGCAGCGCACUUCCGGUGCUCGAGGCACCGAGGAAGUUCGACCGAUGGAUGAGAAGCGACCUCCUGCGUAUCGCUCCCCGCGUUGAUUCCCCCUCCGCACGAACGGGACCGCAUUUCAAACCCGUCGCCAUGGCGAUGUCAACCUUCCAGAAGGUGACGCUCGCGACGUGUCUCGUGCUGUGCGUCGGGCUGCUGCUCCCCAAAAUGCUGCUGUCCGGCGGGAGGAAGGAUGCUGCUGAGGGUUCAGGUCGCUUCCCGUCGAUGAUGCAACGCCAGGCGGCUCCGGAGGCUCGAGGCCAGAGGGCCGCAGGCGCCAGAGCCAAAGGCCCCGAGGCCCCAGCCAGGGCCAAAGGGGGCGGGGCCGGGGCGGGAACCGGGGGCAAGUCCAACCUGGCGGGACAGAUCAUCCCCGUGUACGGCUUCGGCAUCUUACUCUACAUCCUCUACAUCCUGUUCAAGAUCACAUCAAAGGGGAACAGCAAGCCUUCAGAGAGCAGGUUCCCUUCGGUUCGCUCAGAGAACAAGAAGAGAAAGAUCUCGGACUUUGAGCUGGUUCAGCUGCAGGACAAACUGAGGGAGACGGAGCUGGUGAUGGAGAACAUCGUUUCCAACGUCAACCACAGCCCCGACAGGGUGAAGGGCGUGACGGCGGACCAGGAGGAGAGCCUCCUCCAGCAGCUGACGGAGAUCACUCGGGCGAUGCACGAGGGCAAGCUGGUGGAGGACAUGGCACCAGAGAAGAAGAACCAGGAGGACUGGGAAGAAGCCGCGGAUUACCCGGAGGAGCCUCAGCAGGCGUGGGAACAUCCGCCCUGCUGCUGCCACCACGGCCCACAGGCGCAGCCCGACAGGACACCAGCUGAUGGAGCAGCCCCGGAGGACGGAGGAGGAGACGCUGCCGAUGGAGCAGACCUGCAGGACGGAGGAGGAGGAGGAGGAGGAGACGCUGCUGAUGGAGCAGACCCAGAGGGCGGAGGAGGAGGAGGAGACGCUGCCGAUGGAGCAGACCCGGAGGACGGAGGAGGAGACGCUGCUGAUGGAGCAGACCCGGAGGACGGAGGAGGAGGAGACGCUGCUGAUGGAGCAGACCCGGAGGACGGAGGAGGAGGAGGAGGAGACGCUGCUGAUGGAGCAGACCCGGAGGACGGAGGAGGAGGAGGAGGAGACGCUGCUGAUGGAGCAGACCCGGAGGACGGAGGAGGAGGAGGAGGAGACGCUGCUGAUGGAGCAGAGGACCCGAGCAAAGAGAGGGACUCUCUGGAGGCGGGGCCGGAGCGAGCAGGGGAAGAGCUGGAGCUCACGCUGAAGAUGACGUGUGUGACGGAGCAGGAGGAGGCGACGGAGACGGAAGCCUCCUCCUGCGGCGCCGUCAGGCGGAGGAACAAGAGGAGGAGGGCAAAGAAAGCCUCGCACUGAGGAUCCUCUCCUCCCGCUGGGCUCGUUUAUACUUGAAGUGAAGACGAGACUUUAGUUGCACUGACAUGGUCUUCUUCUAUUGGUCAGCGGAGGAAAAGGUUUCCUUUAUUGUCUCAAUACAUUAUCACAUGAAAUAAUGAGGGCCUCUCUAUGAGGUGUUAUUUAACAUGCAGAUGCUUUCAGGUGAAGACUCAACGUAAAGGUGAACACAAGCAGGAUUUAUUAUUUAGCAUUUCUUAUUUGUCUUUGCAAGAUUAUUAACCUCUUAAUUGAUUUCACAUUAUUUGCAUCUAGUGCUAGAAGUUGGUGUUUCACUGUACGUUAGUGACGUCUUUUGGCAUUUUCUUACGUUUUUAUUUUAAAGGCUGGGACGAUGUGCAGCCACAGAGCUGCUACGCAGGCAAUGUGAGAUACGUGUUUGUGGUCUUUUAUUAUAUUUACAGUAAAUUGUAUCAUAAUUAUCACCCGUAAAGUCAGUCCUCAGGCCUUCUGAUGGAGCUCCAGAAGACCAGAUGUGUUCGUGCAUGUGUUCUCUCCUCCACCUUUUGACUCGUUGACCAGUUCCACUUCCUGCAACUCGGUCAUUUAAUUCACUGGACGGAUAUAAAAGCGGCACAAAAAGACGUCUGUAUUCCAGCCAAGUGAUUUCAUUAGAGAUCUAUCAAUGUUUUAUGCUUUGUGUUCUAAAUUAUUAAGAUUUUUACUUUUAUAAUCUGAAUCUAUUUAUUUACUGUUUUAAAAGAAAAGCACAUGUGCAUGUAGGUCAGUGAUUAAAAUCCUGAACUAAAUUA